AGGUUUUUCCCCUGAAGUCAAAAACAAAGUUUUUUUAGCGUAUUAUGGUCGGCAAGAAAGUCAAUCAGAAGAAUUUAACUUCCUACUAAUCUUUUUCGAUUCUAAAACGGUAUUCAAGUGUCUGAAGCCUUGUUUAAGAUCCGACUAUCCUCGAACUUCUAAGUCACCUUUAAGUCAGUUCCUUUUCCUUCAUCCUCCAGAGACCAAAAUGCCGAUCCCUCGUGAGAUUCACGUCUUUGCCUCCCAUAAGGGCGGCACUGGCAAAACCCAGCUCUGCUUUCAGUCUGCGUGCCAGUACGCGGAGGAUAACCCUGCCACGAAAGUACUAAUCAUGGACAUGACCGAAUUAGGUGACGCGUCGAAGCGGUGUCUCGGUGGCAGUUCCCAGGAUCCUCGCAUUAUCGAGCAGAACUGCGGCAAGAUUUUUGAUAUCGUGAAUGUGGCUACCCAACAAGCAGCCGAGGAGGCACAGCGCGAAGCAGCGGCGGCGGAGGGCAAUGGCUCAUCCAGUUCUUCGUCCGGCUUCGGGAUGGGCUUCGGCAGUAUGCUGGGCAGUUUGUUUGGUCGAGGCGGAAACUCCGCGCCUGCGGUGGUCGACACUGUGGGCAACGCGGUGCAGCCGUCUCGUUGGAACGAAGCCGUGCCGGAGAACGUGUACCUGAUCUCUAGCGGGGCAUCGCAUCAAGACGAGCAGCAUCGCACCCGUGAUGACACUGUUCGCAUCGCAAACGCUUUGCGAGAAUCUCUGGAAAAAACAGCAGAUACCUGGAAAAUCUUUAUCGAUACAGACGGCGAUCGCAGGCCAUCGCCGUCGACGCGAUUGGCGUACGCGCUUGCCGAUCUCUGUAUUAUCCCAUUGCAGCCAGACGAAUCCGAUUUCCAACGAUUGCAACCGAUGUUUGCAAUGAUGGCAGCGCUGUGGAACGAUGGCGAAAUGAGAUGUACUUGAUCCCUUUUGUUUCUGGUUGUUGAUGGUCAUUUACAACACAAAAAACUCUAACUCGGUUCUUUUUCUACUCUCACAUCGACUAUUAUUGCGUUUACCUUAUUCACAUCAAAUUCAAAACGUUACUCCAAAGACAGGUAAGAUUCAGAUGAUCGUGUGGAACAAGCUCCAAGUGUAUAAGCUUACGCCGUCGGACUUGGGCAGUUUUACCACUCCGAAAGUGACUGCGGAGAUGAUCGCCGCCCUGAACAACAAGUUGUAUCAACUUGCUGUACAGACUGAAUACAGUCCGCUGUUCCACCACGCGGGUGCGCCGUCACUUCAGGUCUUUCAGCAGAGCGCCACCUGUUUGGUCCGCGAUUUCCCCGACACGUGCGCCUACCCAGCGAACGCCAAGGGACUUCCAUACUGCCGUAUGAAGCCAGGAAAGGUGGUGCUGCGAAGUGGUGCAACUUUCGCAGUGCAACAAGCGGGAAUUGACUCGUGCGUCGAGAACAUCAAGGACGUCGUAGCGAGACUCGAUAAGAUGGAAAUCGAUGACGAUCUCUAAGCAAGUGAACAAAACACGGUAUUCAUGGCGACUAUGGUACUGAAACAACUUCGCGACGCGAUCCGAUGACGGAAGCAUAGCGCAAUUUUCUCUCAUAUCGUAGUUUUCUUUCUUAUACACACGGCAGUUUGCAAUCACGGACAGUUGAUCCAAGAACUUCUUAACACACCUAACGAUAUUCAUGUAGAAGCUAGCCGGCUUUAUCUUUUCCAUAAUUGAUGACCUUGGUUGAGUACUGAAGGCUCAUUAUCCUUGACCUUUUUGAUCAAUCCUUGGAAAUCGCACCAAAGGUGUGUGGUAUUCAAAUACGCAAUGUUACGCGUUGCGACCCCUGAAAAACCGAUUAUGUAAGAGUCGUGUCCCUCUACACAUUCCAAUGUUGCAUAAUUCUUCUUCAUGUUGUUGUUGAUAUCAGAGCAUACUUCUACCAGCAUGGAAAGCUAAUGCGCUGUAGCAAUCGCUGCCGGGC